AUGGUCGAUUUACCCUUCUGUGGCCCCAACAUCAUCGAUCACUUCCUUUGUGAUUUGAACCCUUUGCUGAACCUUGCCUGCACGGGCACCCACACCCUCGGCCUCUUUGUAGCCACCAACAGUGGGUUGAUCUGUCUAUUAAACUUUGUCGCGUGGACGAUUUCCUAUGUCAUGAUCCUGCGCUCACUGAAAACACACAGUAAAGAAGUCAAUACACCUAAACUGAUCAUUGACUACCUCUCUGGAAAGAAAAUCAUCUACUUCAAAGGCUGUAUGACCCAGGUCUUUGGAGAGCAUAUUUUUUCUGAGGCUGAAAUUAUUCUCCUCAUGGUGAUGGCCUAUGACCGUUAUGUGGCGAUAUGUAAGCCGUCGCACUACACGGCCAUCAUGAGCAGACAUCUCUUUCAAAAUCUCUUCUUGGCACAUUUACCAUUCUGUGGCCCCAAUGUCAUCGACCACUUUAUGUGCGAUUUAUACCCCUUGCUGAAACUGGUCUGCUCCGAUUCUCACACCUUGAGUGUGCUGGUUGCUGCUAACAGUAGUGGCAUGUGCAUGUUGAUCUUUAUGCUGUUGAUGAUUUUCUAUGCCUUCAUCUUGCACUCCCUGAAGACCCACAGUGCCAGCAAUCUGGAGAUGUGGACCACGAUAGUUUUGGUGGAGGGCCUACUCAACUAA